AUGUUCUCGACUUGGCCUGAAUCGACCGGCUUUAGUCUCAACUGUUCGCAUAGCGCAAUGGAUGGCGCGUCUGCUUACGGAGCCGAGGUAGGCAGGUUCAAAUCUAGCCGUGGUCGAAGUUUUGUCGUUUUCUUGCACGUGGUUUGAGACAAGCCUCUGCAGUGAUAUUUUACAAUAUGAUUUCUUUGCCGGUCACGCUUUGUGCAUGGUUGGGACGGUGUUUUCUGAUUUUGGCUUCCAACAACGAUCGUGAAUUCUCGUUCUUUCACUUUCUUUUCACUCUACUAUUACGAGUUUUUUACGAUCGGGAAACUGAUAAGAAAAAGAAACGGCAGAAAAAAUUACUUCCUUUCACGAAAAAAAAGUAGUUUAAAAUUUAACAUUCAGCAUUUAUUCAUUUAUUCAAACUCUUUCCUAAAAUACACAUUAUAUUAUUCCAGUUUGCUUUCUUUUUACAAUUCUCAAUUCUUGCGGAAGAUCGUGCAAUGCCGCCGAAUUUUUGAGCAAGUACGCGCCACUGGAAUCCGUCGCAAAGCACGCCUCGAUUUUUAAAUUUCUCUUAUAUUUAAAUAAAUAUAUUUAGUGUUUUUUUGUUAUAAAGUUUCUGUGUUAACAUUUUUGCACUUUAGGGGAGCGAUGCCAGAAGAAGAACGUGUUGAACGUCGCUCAAUGGUCGGUGCGCCGCCGUCAGCAAAGAGGCCAAUAAGUGGGAAUUUCAUUUAUUUUCAUUGAGUCUAUGAAAAGUUCAAUUUAGGACUUAACAAAAAAAAAUUGCUCUCUGUUAUAAAGAUACUUUCUAGAAGCUCCAGUAACAAGCAGUCGACCUCCACGAUCGGCAAAACGCCCGAAGCGCGAAAUUGAGUCGGACGAUGAUCAGGAAAGCGGCAGCGAAAAGGUUCAAUUUUACACUUUUUUGGGUAUUUUUUCGUUUCUAGCCCAUAGACAGUGAUACUGGCGAUUUGGAAGAAUCGGCAGAAGACGGAGAAGAUGAACCAGCGACGCCUUCGAAUUCCAAAAAAGCUCCAAGAAAGGUUUCUCAUCUUUUGAAAUAACAAAAAUUAAUGCAUUUUUUCAGAAAAGAAGAGCUCCGUUGACCGAUUAUCAUCUGAAGAAGAAAAAGAUUUUAGCCAGAAAAGCCGCCAGAGAAGCUGAAAAGGCUGAGGAGAAAGAAAAAGAGGUUUAUAUUUUACUGCUGAUUGACACUUUUUUCUGCUGAUUGACACUUGCUUAUCGCUUCAUGAAGUUCCGGCUAGGAAUAAAUUUCCAGAAAUCAGCGACACCAGAGAAGGAAAAGACGCCGGAACCCGUGAUGAAAGUCCCAUCACUGACGAAAUAUUCGCCGAUUCAGCUAAUGUGCGAUCAUUUGCUCCGUAAACUAAUGUCAAAGGUUUCUUGUGGUUUUUGCUUGAAAAGUGUUGUUUUCUUAAGGACCCGGAAGAAUAUUUCGCGUUUCCCGUGACACCAUCGAUGGCCCCAGAUUACCAUACGGUCAUUGCCUCGCCGAUGGAUUUUUCCACUAUGCGGUUCGUUUUCCAAUUGAAAAAAUAUUUUUACUCUAUGAUUAGAAUCUCAGCUAAAGUACUGACUGCGAAAAUCACCCAUUUCUGGUUAUUUCGAGAAGUAGCGGCUGUUCACAGUGUCAUGUUGGUGCUAUUGUAGGCGCAGGGUUUUUUCUACGAGAUCUAUUAAUUAUUGCUCAUUUCUUUGUGAAAAUUUACACGGUUUCGAAACAAAAGUUACCAUUAAAACAUUGGGUUUAUAAAUAAUUUUUCUCUCUCUUCGUUUUUUCUUUGUAAACGCUGUCAAGCUUUUUGAACAAUAAUCUUUGAAAUAAGGGGUUAAACGGGAUUUUGCAACGCUCUUAAGGAUUUUGAUAUUACUCAUUCCGUAUCGAAUUUUUCUAGAACUCGAGCGUUUUUUUCUCGAGAAGUUUAAAUUGUUUUCUUGAAGAUAAAUGUAUAGGCAAAAGAUCGAAGACGACAAAUACUCAACGAUCCCGGAGAUGAAAACAGACUGCGAGUUGAUUGUGAAUAAUGCGAUGAGUUAUAAUCCUCCAAAUACGGUAAAGUAUUCUUCGAUGGACAAAAUAAUUACUUUUUUUCAGGUUUACCAUUUGGCGGCAUCAAGACUCGUUUCAAUUGUCAAAUAUUAUUAUUCUGAGCAAUAUCUACGAUUCAUUUUCCACACGUUGCCUUUUGCUAAUAGGGUUGGUUAUUGUGAUUAAAAAAAUAUGAAAUAAUAGCAAAGCGGCACAAAAAGUAGAUAUUCUUUUCAAGUUGGGACAUAAUUACAAAGACGAUCGAAAAAAGCGGCUUAUGGAUCUGAAAAAAUUAUUUAAAGCGAAAUUUCCCACUGGGAACCAAAAUCAGUGUAAUUCAGCCAAUUCUUCAAAAUUCCAGAAUUAGGCCUGCUCAACUGUUUCUUUUUUUCAGAUUCCUCUGGAAAAGGCUGGUUUGGCGCCGUUGUCGCGGGUUCCAUCAAAGCCGGAAAAUGCACGAAAAGCUGCGAUUAGCGACGGAAUGACGGCGGAAAUUUGCUUGAAUUCUGCUGAUCCCAAGGUUUUUUUUUGUCUUUUUCAAUCCUCAAGCCAUGAACGUUCAGAUCCGAGAGAAACUGACUCCAAGAAAGCCAAAAGCCAAAAUGGGAUUCUUGAGCAACAAGGUUUGUUUUCAAUUAGAAAUCAUGAAUAUUCCUUAUUCGCUUUGUUUUUUGGAUUUGAAAUAUCAGUCCUCAAAGCUAUUGGAACAAAAAGGAACGUUGAAAGUAGCCGCCAUGAGAGAAGUUUAUUGGCGAUUUUUAUUUCUUUGAAAUAAAUAUUUUUUUUUGAAUAUCUUCAAGAUACCUGUAAGAGGCCGAUAUAUUUUUGUCCUUUAAAGGAUAAAAUCGGACUGAUUAACUUAUUGCUUUAACCUAACCUGUAAUUUUUCUUCAGGACGGAGCAACGGUUUUGAACGUCAUUUCGGACGAAGGCGACGCUCCGGACGGCGAGCAGAAGAUUCUGAAAAUGGGCGAUAUCGUUGGGACUCUCGAGGAGGGAAAUCCUGGGAUGAUUACGAUGAGCGAUCACAGGUUUCCACAGAUCACAGAAAAACGGAUUAAUCGUUUUAUAGAGAAAGGAGGGAAGAUUAUCCUUUUUUUUUUUGAGAAAGAAGUUUGAAAGUCCAAUUUUUUGAAAGACAGUGAGAAUCUAGUCCAAUUUUUUUUCGUUAUAUUUAAUUAAUUUGCCUCUUUCUUUCAAGCAUCGCCAUACCAUCCCGAUGUUGCGAAAAUAAACUGAUCAAAUUGAAAUUGAAUUGAAGAAGUUGAUUUCAAUCUUCUUUUCAUUGAGAAUGCUUGUGAGAGGAAAUUUUGCAUCGAAGAUGAAAAAGAGUUUCUCGGACGAGCAAAACGGUUGCAGAUUGUCGAUGCAGACGCCCCUCACUUACCUGAACUACGGACCUUUCUGCUCUUUCGCUCCACAGUACGACUCGACGUGGUCCACUCUCAGCAAACGAGAUUCCGACCUUCUGAUGAGGUUUCUCUGUUUUCUUCCACUAUUCCCUAUACUUCCCACUUUUCAGAACCUAUGGCGACCGGGCAAACAUUUCGGAUGCGUUCGCUCUGAGGAACUUGGUCAGUUUCGAUACUGGCACCCACUUUUUGAAGGUUUUUCUGCGUUCCUUCAACAUGUACAAGUACAAAUCCUCAGGUUGUUGACGAUUUGCUCGACACACUCACUGAUGGUGAGCACUCGAGGACGAUGAAACAGCUCGAAGACAAGGAAAAGGAAAUCAAACAAGAUGAUCCUGUACGUUUUUAGAGUUGAUCUUAGUACUUGGUUAACGGGAAGCAAUUGAAAGAUGUUUAAAAAAAGAAAUGAGCGGUAGAGUUCAUUUCCAAGUUUGUUCGGAUAUUCCAUGGAGUGAAAAAUUUUGGAGAGAAGUCACUCCAUCAAUCAAAAAACCUACUCCUUGAGAAAUUAUUUCCCAUCAAAUUUUGCCAUCGGGCAAGAUAAUUGUUGCGUAAAAUUCAAUUUUGGGAACCCAAAAUUGUAGUUUUAUAAUUUUUAAAAAGUGUAUCUCAAUGUUAACAUUUUUCAAUCAUUAGGAUGACAAAAAUGAGCAAAUUUGAGAAUUUUCUCUUCCAAAUCUAGAUUUUAACCUGAGGAAGCGCAACCUAUAGUUUCUCAUUCGAUCAAUCUUUUUGGAGAAAAAAAUAUUCCUAGCUGUUCACAAAAAUAGCCUCUAUUUUGAGUUUUGUGAAAGUUUUGUCACCUUUGUUAUGUCAGGAUCCGGUGGACAUAUGGAGCUUGAUGGACGAGGUGAAGUCUUUGGAGAAUCUCGGCAUCGACGUCUCUUUCGUCGACGACUUCAAGAAGCAGGCCAACGCUCCCAAAGAAGAACCGCAAGAUAUUCAGGUUCGUUAUCAUAAAUUUUUAUUCAGAGAUGUAUGCCAAUCUAAAUUCUCUGCUCCAAAUUUUAGAAAAGCAACCGAAAUGAAACAUGUUAUGCGAAAAUUACUGAUUCCUUGUCACUGUAAAAGAUAGUUUCGUUUGGAGAAAAUUAACUAUCAGAAAUGACAAGAUUGGAAACUUUUUCAAAAGUUGACAAGGUCAUCUCUAGAUGUACCAGAAGAAGGUUCUGAAAGUUUCCAUCCGAACAACUUCUUAUUUCACAAGAAAUGAAGGCUGAGUAGCAUAUUUUAAUCGAUUUUGAAGGUUUUUUUGAACUUUGAGGUGUUCUUUCUCGAAAACUAGAACAUUGUGUAAGCUUAAACUUUAAGAACUUUCAUCCGGUGCAAUAAAGAGCUUUCUGGCGAAUGUUCAGGAAAUUUCGAGCCACGUGACAUUUCUUAUAAGAGUUAUAUACGUGGGCAAAGUCUCAAACAAAAAGUACUGAAAAAUUUUUUUAAAAUCUGAACAGCUUCCAAAAGAAAGAAAAUGGCUUGGGUUUUCAGUCGCAACUCAACCACACAGGCCAGGCGAUCGUUGAUUUGGCCUCUUUGCAACAUCAACGGCUUUCGAUGGCGCCGCCGAUCACUCUGUCGAAGGUCCCUGGUCCGGGACCCCUCGAGACGCGGCUCGCCGGUCAGAUCCAGCAACAACUCGUUCAGCAGGUCGGUUGCAGUACGGAAACAGCUGGGAAGCGUCAAGAUACACUUUUCGAUUAUCUCAAAAUUUGGAGAAGAAAGCUGGUGGUUCAUCUCAUUUCAAUUCUGCGAGAAAAGAUAGAAAAAGAGUUAAAUCCAUCAAAACUGACACAUUACAGCCGAGCUUCCCCGAAAAAUGGACAACAAUAAAUAUUCUUCUUGUUUCCAGCGUUGAAAUUUCAUGGCUCUCAUUAUCAAUUUCAUACGGAAGAAUUCAAAAUAACUGAAUUUUCUCGGUUUCCCCGUCCAGAAACGAGCUCUGGUUUCAGGUCGCCGCUCACGCCGUACCAGCCGAUCUCGUCGGAGCUCCAGCUUUACACCAGGCGAUGGCCGUUCAGGACGACUUGGACAUGGAUCUUCUCGGAGAAUUCUUCGUCACCUAA